AUGGAGUAUAAAGCUGUCAUCGAAUGCAAGCGGACGGACACUUGCUCGAACGCUAAAAAAGACGUCGCAUGGAAGCGCAUCGAAGAGGAUUUUAAUUCACAGUGUCCAUCUGGCUGCCAUCGCAGUGAAAAAACAUUGAAGAAAAAGUAUCUUAUUCUGAAAAGAGAGGUUAAAAAGCGAGCUGCAGAUGAUAAAAGAUAUCUUUAUUUAACUGGAGGAGGACCCACAACAAAGGAAAUGUUAAUUGAAUUUGAUGAAAAGCUUUUGAAUGUGUUGCAUGAGAAGCAAGUUAGUGGCAUGCAGAGUGUGUAUGGCAAUGAUGUAAUUGCAAAUCCGUGAUAUUGGAGGAAGAUACAUUAGAAAGCAUAGUGGAUUUCGAAAACACGAUUGAAGUGGAAAUUGAUAAAGGAAUAAAUGGUAAAAAAUGUUAAAGUAAAAAAUUACCAGAAACAUUACAAAGAAAUCUAUCUUUUAUAAUCCGACAACGUUACAUUAAACGUUGAAUCAAACCAACUUUGGUGCAAAUAUGAUCAAAGCAAUUUGAAAACAGAAAAAAAUUAAAAACUAAAAUUUGAAGAAAAACCACAAAGAUCUGCGAAAUAUGCUUGGACAAAGUUAGCAGGUAUGAAAGCAAAAUGGACGGAAGAAAAAUAUAAAGCGGAAAUAAAAAUAAUAUAUGCGGAGCACGAAAAAUGAAUGAAGUUAUUAGAAGAAAGUAACAACUUAUCAAUGAACUUGAUGAAGGAAAAACAUGAUUUGGAAAUGAAAAUUUUAGCAGUAGAUUUGGAACUGAAAAAAAGGAGCUGGAAGGGUGAAACAAAACAUAAAUCUAUGUAAAAAUAUAAACGUAUUUAUUAAAAUACAAUAAACUGUUAAACAUUUUCUGGUAACAUUAUUUAUUGUAUAUUGUGCGAUUAUUGGGUAUAUUAAUCAUAUUGUUUACAACAUUAGAAAUAUCAGUUCAUCACACGUGUGGGGAAAAGCUAUGC